AAAACCUUGAGAGACAGAGGGCCUUUGAGACUUGGGGUUUAGACUUUAGAGAGAGAGAGAGAGGAGAUGACUAGCGGCAGCGAGGCCAAAGCUGGAAAGGGAUUUAGGGGGAAGAUGGAGCACUACUUGUACAGCGGUGAUAAGAAGCACGUCUUCGCCGGCAUCGUUCUCAUCAGCGCCGUCUUCGCCGUUCCUUGGUACUUCAUGACUCGAGGGGCAAAGCAUCAAUCUCACCAAGAUUACUUGGAAAAGGCUGAUAAAGCAAGGAGCCAACGACUGUCUUCGGGUGGUGCAUCUUCUGCUAAAUGAUGUGAAAGUUUCUGUCAACAUGUAACUUUCAUCUUGAGUUUUUGUGGUUGGAAGGUGCAAGAGGUCUUUUUGUUCGGGGUACAUUGGUUUUCUCUUCACUUUCCUCAGAAGAGGGGCUUCUCAUAAUCCUUAAGGACUACCUAUUUUUGUUUAUGGUAUAA